UGGUGAUAGAGUGAUACGAUACUGGAAAGUGCUCAUGGUGCUAUUUAAAGAAACCGGUAAACGAAAUUAUAGCAAGGCGGCAUUUCUGCUAAUCCUCCAACUUCACUCGUUAUCUGAAAGAGCAGCCACAGAAGUAAAAUGGAGCCGGUUUGUAAAUAGAAGGGGCCAAAUUGGAUGCAACAUACCUUGCGAUUUGGCUAUGGAACACCUAAACAGACGGCUGAAGGGUAUCAUCCGUAAUAUGGGAGCUAAUGUUGUCCCUUCAGCAUUAGCUCGUGCAGCAAAAUCAAUAGGUAGUGUAGACUGUGUGUGCGACUUGUUCGAACAGUCGGUUAUGGCUCAGCAGACAUCUAGCAAACACACCAUCGCUCAAGACAGCAAAGACUUUCAGCUAGUGCUGGAAAUAUUAAAUGAAAAAAAAUUCAAGGAAGAGAUUGGAAGGCAUCAUAGCCGCUUUCGAUACUCAUGCACCCUCCUGGAACAAAGCAGGAAAGAAACUCUUUGCACAUGGCUACAGAAGUUGCUGCAAGAGCACAUUGGUUUCGUACCUGAGGAUGAUGACAAUGAUGAUGAUGAUGAUGAUGAUGAUGAUGUAGAUGUACAUUUUAAUGACACCGAGUGAACCUAAAGUAUUAUUGUUAUUAUGUGCUAUGUAUUGUAAGCAUGAAAACUCUAGACUAGCUAUGUAUGGACUACCAUAUAUGAGCUGUACGUAUAUCUAUGAAUUAAUACAUGAUGAUCAUGCAGUAUACGCAUGCAGUGUUGAUCGUCACGUAAAGUUUACUCAGGGCCAGGCAGAUAU